CUUUAGCCUAUUUAAAAUACAUGAUCUAGCCAAAGUUUUACACUAACGUAUGAAUGUGUAGAUGAAAGCAGUGUAAUGCGUUGUUGCCUUGCUAAUUUUUUAUGGCAAAAUUGUAACAUUAAGAGCAUCUCUUAGGUAAUAAAAAAUAAUCAUGAAUAUUAAGACUCUUAAUUUCCAUGAUUAUUUUUAAGGACUACAAGUUUUAAAUUUAAUUACAAGCAACUUUGACUUGUAAUUGCUUUUAUAUCUCCGUGUGAUUUUCCUUUUUGUAAUGCUUGUUUAUUUUGGAUGAUCCAUGGUUUAAUUUAUGAAUUUCAUUUUAGUUCCAUUUUGUCGGUUUUGGAUCCAAAACCGAACCGAAAAAUUGGUUCCCAAACAAUCGGGUCACAAUCUAUUUUCGGUUCAGGCUCGAUUUUCAUUUUCAAGAGAACCGAAAUGUCGGUUCGAUUUCGAUUUUUGCAAUUUCGAUUCAGGUCCCAAACCGCAUUCAGCCCUAUUAAAUUUCGUGCAUUAUCCGUGUGAUAUAAAAAAUACGUCCAGUCUCUCUGUGUUAUAAUUAUUUUAAGCAAAACCUUCUGUAUGAAAAAAAUUAAUUGCCAAAUAAAACAAAGAAGAUUAGUAUUUUGUAUAAUUUAGAGAUUUUGGCAAGUUUACUAGUAUAAUUAAUCAUCAUAAUAUUGAGAUAAGUGACUUUCAAAUUAUUAAAUUUAUUCUUGGCGAGGAUUUUGCGCAUGAUUAAUUAUAAUGCACGGGAUUUGAUGCAUUUUUUAAUCACAAUGUUCUAAUGCGCAUAAUUUAUAGAAACAAUUACAUGUGCGCGGACCCAAGAAAUUUAUAUUGGGAGGCCAUAGAUUCACUGGUGUAUCAAGAAAAUUUUCUCAUUGGUGGUCAACUUAGACUAAAACUUAGUCACAUAUUUCAAAAAUAGUAAAUCACAUUAUUAAUGUUGUUUUAUUCAACGUAAUUUAAGUUACAAGAUAAGAUGAUAAGUUGGCUAAAACUUGAGCGUGAUGUUUCUUUCUCAUAAGUAGUGCUUUUAGGUAUAAAAAGAUAAUUGAGCUAAAUCUUGAGCCAAAGAUUCAUUAUUUUUGGGCUUGAGAAUAUGAUGGAAUAAAACAAAAUGGCUCACUAAACUGUCUGCGAUUCUUUGUUAUGAAGCAGCAGUCAGUCCAUGCAAUUUUGGACGCCAUUUUCACUACGGGUCAUCCGGAAACAGUCUCUCUGUGCUUGUACAGGAGUAAGACUGCGUAUAUCCGACCUCCCUUACCCCACCGUAGGUAAAUGAAAAUGAAAAUGAUAUGUAGUGAUUUUAGUUAUAGGAUAAACCGACUAAAACUUGAGCGGAUUUUUUUUGUCUCUCAUACAUUGUGAUUUUAGGUAUAAUAAGAAGAUAGCCGACUGACAAUUGAAUGGGAGAAUUUUGACUCUCAUAUGUUGUGCUUUUAGAUAUAAGAUAAGCCGACUAAAAUAUGAAUGAGAAAAAUUUCUCUCUCAUACAUAGUGCUUUUCGGUAAAAGAUAAGUCGACUGAAACUUGAGCAGGAGAAUCCCCCCCAUACGUAGUGUUUUUAGAUAUAAGAAGAUAAGCCAACUAAUAAUUGAACGCGAUAAUUUUCUCUCUCAUAUGUAAUGGUUUUAAGUAUAAGAAGAUAAGUCGACUAACAAUUGAGGGGAAAUUUUUUAACUCCCAUAGUACUUUAAAACCGGUGAACAAUUGUGUUGGAUGAUUUUUUCUCUCAUAUGUAGCACUUUUAGGUAUAAGAAGAAGAUAAAUCGGCUAACAAUUGAGCGGAUAAUUUUUUCUCUCAUAUGUAACACUUUUAGGUAUAAGAAGAUAAAAAGAUAAGAAGACCAGCCGGCUAACAAUUGAUGGGGAAGAAUUCGCUCUCUCAUACAUGGUGAUUUUAGAUAUAAUCAAAUAAAAUAAGUCGGCUAAAAAUUGAGUGGAGAAGUUCUCUCUCUCAUACGCUGUGAUUUUAGGCAUAAGAUAAGUCGGUUAACAACUGAACGGAUGGAUUUUCUCUCUCAUACGUAGUGAUUUUAUGUAUAAGAAGAUAAGUCGACUAAAACUUGAGCAGGCGAAUGCUCUCUCUCGUACGCAGUGCUUUUAAAUUUAGAAUUUUUCUCUCAUACAUAGUUCUUUAGUUUAUAUAUACGAUAAGAUAACAUGACUAAAACUUUAGCGGGGGGAUUUUGUCUCUCGUGCGUAGUGUUGGGUGUGUUUCGGAAAAUAAAGAAAAUUAAUUAAAAUAAAUUAAUUAAAAUAAAAUGACUAGCGAAAAACAAGAAAGGAGAUGAAGCAGAAUUAGUCAAAGCUCGUGCUACGCACGAUGUCCUUAAAACGUAUUUGUUGCCUCCCACGGUGCUAGGAGCGUUGCAACAAUCGUUUCCCAGGAUACGAUGACUACGAACUAAUGUUUGAGCACACAAACAAGAGUUCCAGCGAACGAGAACACAGUAUGAACACAGAAGGAAUUUGCAGAUUGCUAGCAGUGUGUUUUUAGAGCUAAAACGUGUAUGGAUUUGUGUAAAAUCGUGUGUUGUAGCAAACCACCUGCCAGCCAUUAUAUAAGAGGAUUUGUUGUGUGUAAAUGGUGAAUUAAUGGACCUGAACGUUGGACAUCAAUGACCAGUCCGUUGGGCAUUGAAUCGUCCAUGAACUGUCUAUUUAACGCUGCAUUAAAGGAUAUAAACGUGGGGCAUUUAUUGCUACCAGAGACCGACGUGUUCUGAUGCCACCAGAGACUGAGGUAUUCUGAUCGAGGCCAUCAGAGACCGAGGUGUUCUGAUCGAGGCCAUCAGAGACCGAGGUAUUCUGAUCGAGGCCAUCAGAGACCGAGGUGUUCUGAUGCCACCAGAGACCGAGGUAUUCUGAUCGAGGCCAUCAGAGACCGAGGUGUUCUGAUGCCACCAGAGGCCGAGGUCUUCUGCUAGGCACUUUUGUCAACCGGGAAGAAAACAAAAAUUAUCCGUAUCUCUUGAGAGAUAGAUUUUUGGACGACAUUCGUGUCCGCAGGUCGCCCGCGCACGCAAGUCGCAGUUUUUCUUCUCCGAAUUCGGGAUUUGAUUUGCACCCCCCCCCCCCUGCGCGCGUGGAGAGAGCCUUUACCCUUAGGAAUCUUAACUCCUUAAGGGGAGAGUCCCUUUAUAAAGGGUUGCAAAUCCCUUGGGUUUUCCGGUGUGGGAAAUUAACACACUAGAAACCCAUCCUUUUUCCCAGUUUUUCCAUUCUAACGGGUAAACUUCGAAAAGCGAUUUCUCAUUCACCCGUUAUCCGUUUUGAGCGUACCAUAUAUCGAAUUGUAGCCCUUAACAAGGACAAUCCGAAACCACUUUGACCCGACCCAAAUCGGAAGUGGACCCCACUCAGAAAAUUGCCCCAAAAUAGCCAUUUAAUGCAAUUUUUCACACAUUUUUCCAACAAUCCCCCACAUGAAUGAAAAUUGAUUUUCGAGACUUAUAAAAAGACACGAAGAUAGGAGGACACGUUGUGUUCACCGGAUGAUCCUUGUAUACGGAGAGGUAGGUUUAAUCCUUUGAACCUUCCGCUGUAAAGACUCGUUUAUUUACUGGCUGUCUAGUAGACUCGAUGUCUUUGAACUAUACUGCCGGCGUGUAAACAUUGACUUAUCUUUACACAAGAACCUUCCAACUUUGUUCCGUUCUCAUGGGUGUGCCCGUUUUGGCCAUGGGUCACCGUCCUGGUUCUGCAAGAGUUUCUAAAGAACUGAGCCAUUACAGUUCUCCUUUGAAGCGGCCCUCUUCUCUCUCACAUAGGUGAUUCUUUCACGAGUAUCCCGCAUACUCUUCCAAUGUUAUCGAGUAGAUCAACAUUUUAGAAUCAUUAAAGCAAACGUUUUUGCUAACCUCGUGCGGGAGUCACUGUUUCAAUGAGGAGUGGGUAGGAGUCCGGGACCCCCACAGUGACCAUCCUUCGCUCUAUAAUUUGGUUGUCCCAUUUGAACCUAGGACCAACUAGGUUGGGUAUCCACUAUAGAACUUUUCAAUUCACGGGCUUUAAUCCCAUUCCUCGCAUCAACUUCUCCAACAAUUCUCUAUCCAAUGCCUUGGUUAGCGGAUCCGCUAUGUUAUCCUUUGACUUCACGUAGUCAACAGUGAUAACACCCGUUGUGAGAAGUUGUUUAAUGGUAUUAUGUCUACGACGGACGUGUCUAGACUUACCAUUAUAGAGAUUGCUCUGUGCCCUUCCAAUUGCCGCUUGACAAUCGCAAUGUAUGCAUAUUGGAGGGACAGGCUUCUCCCAACUUGGAAUAUCCUCGAGAAAAUGGUGUAGCCAUUCAGCCUCUUCAGUGCACUUAUCCAAGGCUAUUAGCUCAGAUUCCAUCGUGGAUCUAGCUAUUAACGUUUGUUUCGAGGAUUUCCACGACACGGCUGCACCUCCCAAAGUGAAAACAUAUCCACUUGUGGACUUUGAGUCCUUAAUGUCAGAUAUCCAACUAGCGUCGCUAUACCCUUCAAGUACAGUUGGAUAUCUUCCGUAGUGCAGUCCAAGGUUUUGGGUUUUCCGUUGUUAGAAUAUACAUAUUUAAUGUUAGAAUAUACAUAUUUAAUAGUCAAUAUAUUCUAUGUAUAUAUUUGGUAGCUAAUAUAUUCUCUGCGAUAGACUAAAUAUUCUAUGUAAAUCUGGCAGAUUUAGUUUCCUUUUGUAUUCUCUAGCCUGUAUGUAUAUAUACUGGCUCUACCCAAUGAAUAAAAAAAAUGUGAUUUCAUUCCAUCUUUUAUCCCUAUUACUCAGUUUACAUGGUAUCAGAGCCACACAGGUUUUUCGGGUAGUACUUCCCGAAGUUCGACUCUGUUCCCUCCCUCUGGUUCGAUUCAGCCUUCUUUUGUGCAGGACGUUUCUUGCACUUCGCAGGUCUGAUUUUCUUUUCUGGACACAAUCUGCACCGCAUCUCUUGUUAUCACUAUUGGCCUAGUUGUUUGCAAGCAUGGGUGAUGAUAAGAAGAGUGUGACUGAAAUUACGGUCGGUAAUGCUAGAAUUACCGAGAGAAAACUGACUGGUUGUAAAGAUUACGGGCAGUGGAAACGGACUAUUACCAGGUAUGUUAAUAGUCUUGAUCUGGGAGAUCAUCUAAGUGAAAUGGCUCCUCCACGAAGUCAUCCUGAUGAAAGAAAGAAAUGGAUGAUGGCCGAUGAUAGGUUGUUCAAUCAAAUUCAGAAUACCCUGGAUCCUUCUAUUGAUAGUAUCAUUACUCACUGUGAUACUGUCAAAGAAAUGUGGGAAUACUUGGAGUCUAUGUAUGCUAGUAAACAAGAUCUCUCUUAUGUUCAUCAAUUACUGAUGCACUACUAUAGACCAGAGAUGAAGGACCAGACGUUGUUUCAAUACUACAAUGAAUGUAAACAGAUUUUUGAAGAAAAGCGGUCCCGAUUCCCUAUUACUGCUGAUGUUAAGAGUAUGCAAGAACAAGAGGAGCGAACAUUUGUUCAUGGUGUUUUGGCUGGGCUUGGUCCACAAUAUGAGGUAUCAAGGAGUCAAAUACUAUCUGGUGGGACCCUUCCUAGUUUUUCUGACCUCUAUGGACGUCUCCUUCCAGUGUGCAAAGAUGGAGAAUCCAGAAUGAUGAACUCGAUUGAUACUGCUGCCUUAGUCAGUGAUGUGAGCCGUGGUAAAAGGACCAAUUCAGUCACUACUGAGGGGACUCAUAAUUCUUCUCGCACAUGUUAUCACUGUGGAGCUGAGGGUCAUGUGAAGAAGAAUUGCUGGAAAUUACAUGGUCGUCCACAGGCGUCUGGACAGUUUCCUCCCAGGCGUGUUGCUAAUACGGCUAUCCAGGAUGGUAUCCUACCAACUCCUUCCACCUUUACUAUCUCAGCCGAUGAAUAUGCUCGGCUACUACAACUUUCUCUCACAGCCUCAUCUGCCAGACCACAAGUUGAUACAGGUAAUCCUGCUGCAUGCCUCUCUACAUCAUCACGCAAUUGGGUGAUCGAUUCUGGCGCAACAGAUCAUAUGACUGGUAAUGAAAAUAUUUUGUCUUCAUUUACCUCUUCUGCUAACCAGUCUCAUGUUACUUUAGCAAAUGGAUCAACCACAUCUGUCAAUGGCCUCAGAACAGCAACUCUUUCUCCAAACAUUUCUCUAUCUUCUGUUUUAUAUUUAUCUCAAUUUCCAUUUAAUCUAAUCUCAGUCAGUCAGAUUACUAAAGCCCUAAACUGCUGUGUUAUUUUCUUUCCCACCCAUUGUCUUUUUCAGGAUCUUGGGACGAAGCAGAUUAUUGGUAAAGGCAGACUGGUUAAUGGCUUAUAUGUUUUUGAAUCCUUGGUACCAAGAUCAGUUGCAUGCACAAGUUCGUCUUUGUUGAAAGUUCACUGUCAAUUUGGUCAUCCAUCACUUUCUGUACUACAAAAAAUGUGUCCUAGUCUGUCACGGGAGUCUGUUUUGGAGUGUGAAGCAUGUCAGUUUGCUAAGCAUCACAGAACAACUUUCCGUCCUCGAAUAAAUAAAAGUGUUGAGUCUAGUUUUGAUUUAGUUCACACUGAUGUGUGGGGUCCUUGUCCUGUCGUUUCCAAACUUGGUCAUCGUUAUUUUGUUACAUUUGUGGAUGAUUUUUCACGGGUUACUUGGCUUUAUCCUUUGAAAUCCCGUUCAGAUGUGUUUACUGCAUUUUGUACCUUUCAUGCUGAAAUUCAAACUCAAUUUAAUAAGAAUAUACGCAUUCUGAGAAGUGAUAAUGCUAAAGACUAUCUAUCUAGCACUUUUCAAUCUUACUUAUCUCGCCAUGGGAUUUUACACCACACUUCUUGUCCCUAUACACCUCAACAAAAUGGUGUAGCUGAACGAAAGAAUCGUCACCUACUAGAAGUAGCUCGAGCCUUAAUAUUUCACAUGGGGGUUCCUAAACCAUUUUGGGUAGACGCUGUUUCCACUGCGUGUUACCUUAUCAAUCGUAUGCCUUCUUCUGUUCUUAAUGGUCAGAUUCCAUAUUCCGUUUUAUUUCCCUCUCAGUCCUUGUUCUCUCUUGUGCCUCGUGUGUUUGGUUGCACAUGCUUUGUCCAGGAUAUGCGUUCCCAGGUCUCAAAGCUUGAUCCUAAAUCAAUCAAGUGUGUUUUUUUGGGUUAUUCCCGAUUACAAAAAGGAUAUCGAUGUUAUUCUCCUUCCUUGGGACGGUAUAUUAUCUCUGCAGAUGUCACAUUUUUUGAAGAAACGCCCUUCUUUCAGCAUAGUUCAUCUUCAUCCCCUUCUUUGGAACUCUCUAAUGAUGAGUUUCUAGUCUAUACCACCAGCCAGCUAGAAUCGUUCCCCCCCAGUGAGGUUUCCCCAUCAACUGUCCUUCCUCCUCCACCUCCUCCCCUUAAAGUUUAUUCUCGUCGUGUGCGCCCUGUGACUACGGCACCUACGUUGGCUACCAGUGUACCACCAUCUUCUGUUUCGCCUCCAGAUUCUGCUCCCUCUGACCUUGAUCUCCCAAUUGCCCUCCGAAAAGGUACCCGGACUUGUACUUAUUCUGUUUCUUCCUUUGUUACUUAUGAUGCAUUGUCACCUUCAUCCAAGAGCUUUGUUGCAUGUUUAGAUUCUAUUGUUGUUCCUUCCACUGUUUCUGAGGCCUUGGCUCAUCCUGGUUGGCAAGAGGCAAUGCGAGAGGAGAUGAUGGCUCUUGAUCAGAACCACACAUGGGACCUUAUGUAUCUUCCACCCAACAAAAAAGCUAUUGGGUGUAAAUGGGUGUUCACUGUCAAAAUGAAUCCUGAUGGUUCUGUUGCUCGUUUAAAGGCACGGUUAGUAGCUAAGGGUUAUGCUCAGACAUAUGGUAUAGAUUACUUUGACACUUUCUCUCCUGUUGCCAAACUUACAUCCAUUCGAUUGUUUAUGUCUUUGGCUGCUACUUACAAUUGGACACUCCAUCAACUUGAUAUUAAAAAUGCCUUUUUGAAUGGUGACCUUAGUGAGGAAGUAUACAUGGAGCAACCACCGGGGUUUGUUGCUCAGGGGGAGUUUGGAAAGGUAUGUAAAUUAAGGAAAUCGUUGUAUGGUCUGAAACAAUCCCCACGAGCUUGGUUUGGCCGUUUCAGUGCAACAAUAUUUAAAUUUGGGCUACGCAGGAGUGCCUAUGAUCAUUCAGUUUUCUUCUCUACCUCCAAUUCUGGAUGUAUUCUAUUAGUUGUGUAUGUUGAUGAUAUCGUGAUCACUGGCAGUGAUGCGGGUCGUAUUUUGAAACUAAAAUCUUUCCUGGCUACUUGCUUUCAGACCAAAGAUCUUGGACCCUUGAAGUACUUCUUAGGGAUAGAAGUUUCACGUAGUAACAAGGGAACUUACUUGUCUCAAAGAAAAUACUGCCUAGAUGUUCUAAAUGAUGCAGGUUUGGUUGAGGCAAAACCUUGUGAUGCUCCGAUGAUCCCAAAUGUAAAGUUAACGGCUGAUGAAGGUGACUUGCUCGAAAAUCCUGAGCUAUACCGAAGGAUUGUUGGGAAACUGAAUUAUUUGACUAUCACCCGACCUGACAUUGCUUUCCCGGUAAGUGUGGUCAGUCAGUUUCUGUCCACUCCACGAACAUCACACUGGGAUGCAGUUACACAUAUCCUAAGAUACUUGAAGGGGGCUCCAGGGCGUGGGAUACUAUAUCAAAACCACGGACAUCAUGUUAUUGAAGGGUUUACUGAUGCGGACUAUGCUGGAAACCCUAAUGACCGACAUUCCACCACUGGUUACUGUGUGUUUGUUGGAGGAAACCUUGUAUCUUGGAAGAGUAAGAAGCAAAAUGUUGUCUCUAGAUCAAGUGCAGAAUCUGAAUACCGAGCUAUGGCACAGACGACAUGUGAGCUGGUUUGGCUUCGGCAUUUGCUUGGUGAACUUGGAUUUGCUCAAACAGAACCAAUGAGAUUAUGGUGUGAUAACCAAGCAGCUAUCCAUAUUGCAAAUAAUCCUGUUUUUCAUGAAAGAACAAAGCAUAUCGAAGUUGAUUGUCACUUUACUCGAGAAAAGGUGGAAGAUGGUACAAUUUGCACUCCACACAUCAAAACAGGAAAUCAAGUGGCAGAUGUGUUUACCAAGGCUCUACCGGGGACACGUAUCAAUUCCAUCUGUACCAAGCUGGGCAUGAUUAAUAUCUAUGCUCCAGCUUGAGGGGGAGUGUUAGAAUAUACAUAUUUAAUGUUAGAAUAUACAUAUUUAAUAGUCAAUAUAUUCUAUGUAUAUAUUUGGUAGCUAAUAUAUUCUCUGCGAUAGACUAAAUAUUCUAUGUAAAUCUGGCAGAUUUAGUUUUCUUUUGUAUUCUCUAGCCUGUAUGUAUAUAUACUGGCUCUACCCAAUGAAUAAAAAAAAUGUGAUUUCAUUCCAUCUUUUAUCCCUAUUACUCAGUUUACAUCCGUAAAUACCUCAAAACUCUUAUUAUUGCCUUCCAGUGUUCAUCACCGGGGUUGCUAGUAUAUCUACUAAGCUUACUAACCACAAAGGCAAUAUCAGGCCGGGUACAACUCAUUAGAUACAUUAAACUGCCAAUAAUCCUAGCGUAUUCUACUUGAGAAAUACACUCUCCACGAUUUUUGGUCAGGUGUACGUUUUUAUCUAAUGGCGUCCUUGCCUCUUGAUAAUCAUCCUUAUUAAAUUUAGUAAGGAUUUUAUCAACGUAAUGAGAUUGGCUUAGCGUCAGACCGUCAGGUCCUCUAAUUAUUUUAAUCCCAAGGAUUAAAUCGGCCAGCCCCAUAUCCUUCAUGUCAAAUUUAGAAUUUAGCAUGUUUUUGGUAGAAUUAAUCAUUAGAUUAUUGCUACCCACGAUGAGUAUAUCAUCCACGUAUAAACAUAAAAUGACAUAGCCGUCUACCGUGCUUUUCACAUAGACGCAUUUGUCACUUUCAUUUAUUUUAAACCCAUUAAUUAACAUUGCAUGAUCGAACUUUUUGUGCCACUGUUUAGGGGCUUGUUUCAAUCCGUACAAUGAUUUAAUUAAUUUACAAACCUUCUUUUCUUGGCCUGGAACACGAAAACCCUCAGGUUGUUCCAUAUAGAUUUCUUCGUCUAUAUCGCCGUUUAGAAAAGCGGUUUUUACGUCCAUUUGAUGAACUUCCAAAUUCCGCAAAGCGGCAAUUGCCAGUAUCAUCCUAAUGGAAUUUAUUCUCGUCACAGGAGAAUACGUGUCAAAGUAAUCAUGGCCUUCACAUUGCUUGUAUCCCUUGAUUACAAGUCUGGCCUUAUACUUAUCAAUGGAACCGUCAGGUUUCAUUUUACGUUUAAAAAUCCACUUGGAUCCCAAAGGUUUACAUCCCGAAGGGAGAUCAACCAAUUCCCACGUGUGAUUUUUUAGGAUAGAGUCCACCUCACUUUUGAUGGCUUCUUUCCACAUUGGUCCUUCGGUAGACGUUACGGCUUCCGUAUAAGUCCGUGGCUCAUUUUCUACCAAACAUGUUAGAAAAUCCGGUUCAUUUUCUACCAUACAAGUUAGAAUAUUCGAAUCGAAUUCUACCAAGUAUGUGAGAAAAUCCGGUCUGAAGGAUUUUUCAACUCUAGCACGUUUGCUACGUCGGGGUUCGGGUUCUUCACCGGAUCCCUCGCUAGUAUUUUCCAUAGCUACGUUAAAUGUUCGUUUUGACGUGCUAGGUCCAUCGUUGGACUUGCAUGGAAAUACGUCUUCAAAGAAUGAUGCAUUCCUUGACUCAAUUGUUGUGUUUUUAUGUACGUCCGGAUUAUUCGAAUCGUACACUAAAAACCGAUAAGCACUACUAUUUUGUGCAUAUCCAAUAAAAAUACAGUCCACCGUUUUUGGACCUAUUUUUAUUUUCUUAGGUGUCUGUACAAGCACCUUAUCAAGACACCCCCACACUUUCAAAUAUUGAUAAGAAGGCCGUCUGCCUUUCCACAACUCGUACGGAGUUUUAUCAUAUUUUUUCCGGGGAACCUUAUUUAAAAGGUAAUUGCUUGUCAAGAUUGCUUCGCCCCACAUAUUUUGUGGCAAGCCCGAACUUACUAGCACCGCAUUCAUCAUAUCUUUCAAUGUGCGAUCCUUUCGUUCGGCAACACCGUUUGAUUGAGGUGAAUAGGGUGCGGUACGUUCAUGUACUAUACCCACACUAACACAAAAGUCACCAAUUGGUGCUUCAUACUCACCACCUCGAUCACUCCUAACCGUUUUAAUCCGUCGAUUAAGUUGGUUUUCCACUUCAUUCUUAUAAAGAAUGAAUUUAUCGAUUGCUUCGUGUUUAUUUUUCAACAAAUAAACAUAGCUAUAGCGAGUGCUAUCAUCGAUAAAAGUAAUAAAAUAUUUAUUACCGCCACGUGUUUGUAUUGAUUUAAAAUCACAAACGUCACUAUGAAUUAAUUCUAGUGGUUCCGUUUUUCUUUCAACCGAUUUGAAAGACGUUUUCGUUAGUUUUGCCUCAACACAAAUAUCACAUUUGUGCUUCACAUCAAUUGUGAAUUUAGGAAUGUGUUCCAUGUUAAUUAAUCUACGUAUAGAAUUAAAAUUAACAUGUCCUAGUCUACCAUGCCACACAUUGGAAGACUCAAGCAAGUAAGCAGAAGAGACUUUAUUAUUAUUUUUAAUAAUAGUCAUUACAUUGAGCUUAAACAGCCCAUCACAUGCAUAUCCCUUGCCCACAUACAUUCCCGACUUGGACAAAACUAAUUUGUCCGACUCAAAAACCAUGCGGAAGCCGUGUUUGUUCAACAACGAACCGGAAAUCAGGUUUUUACGUAUUUCCGGAACGAACAAAACUUGGUUUAGAGUCAGCUCCUUGCCCGAAGUCAUCUUCAGGACCACCUUGCCCACGCCUUCCACCGCGGAAUGAGCCGAGUUUCCCAUCCACACCUUCUCACCAUUUGAUGGCUCAAAAGUAGUGAAUAACUCCCGGUUUGAGCAAAUAUGCCGGGUAGCACCGGUGUCCACAAACCACUCCUUGGAAUUGGAUCCAAUGAGGUUGACUUCCGUCACCACAGCCGCUAGGAUGAUGUCUUCAUCCUUUUGCCCACCUUGCACCAAGUUGACGUGAGAAUCUUUCUUUCUCUUUGGUGCCUUGCAAUCCGAGGACUUGUGUCCAUUCUUGUUGCAAUUGAAGCAUUUUCCAUUGAACUUUGUCUUGGAAACGCCUCCCUUCGGACCGAGCUUGCUCUUCCCAUUAUUUUUGUUUUUGGAGCUUUUUGCAUGCUCCACCACGUUGGCCUUGGCGCCGUGAACAAUUGGGAGUUUCCCGUCGUUCUUCCGGUUAUCCUCUUCAAUCCGCAGACGGAGGAUGAAUUGCUCCAAGUUCAUUUCCUUUCGCUUAUGCUUAAGGUAGUUCUUGAAAUCCUUCCAAGCCGGCGGCAACAAAUGAAUAAUUGACGCCACUUGGAACGACUCACUAACUGUCAUUCCUUCAUCUCGAAUUUCGUUGAAGAUCAUUUGCAUCUCCUCAACUUGACUCAAGACCGUCUUCGAAUCCACCAUUUUAAAAUCAAGGAAUCGACCAACAACAAAUUUCUUUGCGCCGGCAUCCUCGCUUUUAUAUUUGUGGUCCAAAGCAUUCCAUAGCUCCUUAGCCGUAGCUAAUUUGCUAUAAACGUCGUACAAAGCAUCGUGCAGCCCGUUCAACACAUAGUUUCGGCAAAGGAAGUCAGAAUGCUUCCAAGCCUCAACCGCGUUGAGAGAUUGCACAUCUACCUCACUCCCGGUUACAACCGGCGCGUCCUCGGUCAAGAAACGUGCAAGACCGAGAGUAGUGAGAUAGAAGAGCAUCUUUUGCUGCCACCUCUUGAAGUUUAACCCGUUAAAUUUUUCGGGUUUCUCCACAGAGUUGCUUGGCACGGUCACCAUAGGGAUAACCCUUUGGUUGGCCAAAAAAGAUGCACCGCGUUGUGAACUAUUGUUCACCGGAGCUCCGCUUUCAGAGUGAUUGUCGUUCAGAACAUUCUGCCCAACACCAAUCUCGUUUUCUUGAGAAGUCAUUUUCGAUUUCUUAACGUUUUUCCAAAACACAAAAAGGAUUUAAGUUCGUUCACAGAAGUGACAAACUACAGUUGAAGAAUGUAUCCGUAUGAUACAAACUUAGCAACACAACUACGUUUUAAGAUUGUACCCGUAUGGUACAAGCUUAAGCAAACAAAUACGUUUUAAGAUUGUUGGAUGUGUUUCGGAAAAUAAAGAAAAUUAAUUAAAAUAAAUUAAUUAAAAUAAAAUGACUAGCGAAAAACAAGAAAGGAGAUGCAACAGAAUUAGUCAAAGCUCGUGCUACGCACGAUGUCCUUAAAACGUAUUUGUUGCCUCCCACGGUACUAGGAGCGUUGCAACAAUCGUUUCCCAGGAUACGAUGACUACGAACUAAUGUUUGAGCACACAAACAAGAGUUCCAGCGAACGAGAACACAGUAUGAACACAGAAGGAAUUUGCAGAUUGCUAGCAGUGUGUUUUUAGAGCUAAAACGUGUAUGGAUUUGUGUAAAAUCGUGUGUUGUUGCAAACCACCUGCCAGCCAUUAUAUAGGAGGAUUUGUUGUGUGUAAAUGGUGAAUUAAUGGACCUGAACGUUGGACAUCAAUGACCAGUCCGUUGGGCAUUGAAUCGUCCAUGAACUGUCCAUUUAACGCUGCAUUAAAGGAUAUAAACAUUGGGCAUUUAUUGCUACCAGAGACCGACGUGUUCUGAUGCCACCAGAGACCGAGGUAUUCUGAUCGAGGUCAUCAGAGACCGAGGUGUUCUGAUGCCACCAGAGACCGAGGUAUUCUGAUCGAGGCCAUUAGAGACCGAGGUGUUCUGAUGCCACCAGAGACCGAGGUGUUCUGAUGCCACCAGAGACCGAGGUGUUUUGAUGCCACCAGAGGCCGAGGUCUUCUGCUAGGCACUUUUGUGAACCGGGAAAAAUAAACGUUUCGGGAAGAAAACAAAAAUUAUCCGUAUCUCUUGAGAGAUAGAUUUUUGGACGACAUUCGUGUCCGCAGGUCGCCCGCGCACGCAAGUCGCGGUUUUUCUUCUCCGAAUUCGGGAUUUGAUUUGCACCCCCCCCUGCGCGCGUGGAGAGAGCCUUUACCCUUAGGAAUCUUAACUCCUUAAGGGGAGAGUCCCUUUAUAAAGGGUUGCAAAUCCCUUGGGGUUUUCCGGUGUGGGAAAUUAACACACUAGAAACCCAUCCUUUUUCCCAGUUUUUCCAUUCUAACGGGUAAACUUCGAAAAGCGAUUUCUCAUUCACCCGUUAUCCGUUUUGAGCGUACCAUAUAUCGAAUUGUAGCCCUUAACAAGGACAAUCCGAAACCACUUUGACCCGACCCAAAUCGGAAGUGGACCCCACUCAGAAAAUUGCCCCAAAAUAGCCAUUUAAUGCAAUUUUUCACACAUUUUUCCAACACGUAGUGCUUAUAGAUAUAGGAUAAACCGACAAACUGUUGGUCCCGUUUAAGUGUGAAACAGUCUAGAGGGGGGGGGGGGGUGAAUAGAUUGUUUUGCUUUUCAAACUUUCUCUAAGUCAAAACUGACUUAUGAGAGAUGGUCUGAAUCUGGUGACAGAGAAAGGUCGAGUUCUGAUGGCAGAACUGGACCUGGCAACGGAUUAGAGUUCUGUCUGGGUAGCCUCAAGAGAACACUAAGACAAAUGCCUUUCUGAUGACUCUUAGAACAAGAUCUGCUGAACACAGAUUCCAAGUUCUUUAGAGUUAUACAGUUAAAGUCUUAAGUGCAAGAAUUAAAAGCAGUAAAGUAAAUGACACCGGGGAUUUUUUUAGUGGUUCAAGGAACAACGCGUUCCUCUAGUCCACUGUUCCACUAAGCUUGUAAAACGACAGUUACAACGCCGUAGUCCCUAGAACUUAAGAAGCUCUCCACGUCUUCUUCAAGCCUAGUUGUCACCCGGGAUGCAGUCCUGCUUCUUGAUGGCUGGUCCUUUCACUGAGCUCCCCGGAAGUACACCCACUUCACUACUCCAGUUAAUUGGACGUCCUUCUUUGCAGAAGAUGUUUAAAAAAAACAGAGUUUUUCUCCAACUUGCUUCGUCACAAAAGAUGUGUUGAUGAAGUGCUUGAAGUUGUUGAAGAACAGUAGGAACUUUGCUCUUGUUGGUGAUGAAGAGUAUAUGAACUGAAGAUCUUCCCCACGUUGGCUUUUCUUGUUGAUGGAGUUAGAAUUUGAAUCUCAAGAAAGUGUUUAGCAAAGAUUGUAGCAAAGUUGUCCGGUUGUUCUUCAUCGAGUAUCUUUUAUACUGGGGUUGUCUUCCCGUUGGAGGAGGAGACAACUGCAUUAAAUGCGCGUACUGCGGAGUUGACCGGUUGGACCCGCAAAUUUGGCAGGUUUCUAUUUUUGUAUAAUAUUCUCCAGGAAUCUCAGUCAAUCAUCUGCAAUUACUCCACAGCGUAUCAGGCUCAUUAAAUGAGCAUUAAAUGCUUUCCUUUUGUGAAAUAUCUUCUAGCCGUUAGGGAAAUUCCCGUUAGUUACACGGCCGUUGAAAGGUAGCAUCGAAUUCUUCUAAGUGUUUGACGUCUGAUGAGACUCUCUGAUUAGCAAUUCUCAAGUCGAGCUCUGAUGGUUCUCUGGUAGCUAUAUGAGGGCAGCUCUGGUAACAGCUCUGAUGAUUUCUCUGAACAGCAGCUCUGCAGCCAACUCUGAUAGCUAGUCAAAGGAGCAACUCAGCUAGCACUUCUCAUAGAGCAGUUCUCCUAGCAGCUCUGAUGCUUCUCUGAAGAACAACUCUCAUAGAUUAUCAGAUGUGCAGCUUUGCUAGCAUCUCUCAUAGAGCAGUUCUCCUAGCAACUCUGAUCAGAAGUACCAAGAGGAUCUCUGACCCGUCGACUAUGCUAAUACUUACAAAGAAAAAUUCUAAUACAAAAAUUCUAUAAGGGGUACUUUAAGAUUCUAAUCUAUCCUAGCAUCAUCAAAAUCUAAGUACAAUUAUUCCUUACACAAACAAUUGUGCGAGAAAAUUUUCUUUGUAGUGCUUUUCGGUAUAGGAAAGAAUAUGAGUCGGCUAACAAUUUAACGGGAAAAUUUUCUAUAUCAUACGUAAUGCUUUUAAGCAUAAGAAGAUAAACCGACUAAAAAUUGAGCGGAUGGAUAUUUCUUUGAAAUAAUGGCAAGAAUAACACUAUUGGACUUCCGUUAGACAAAAAUAGGACUAACUCUUAAUCUAGACAAAAAAGAGAUUAAUUAAAUCUGAACGGACAAAUACACCCUCACAUAAAUACAAAAUAGAACCCGAAUCCCUAAUCUUCUUUCCUUCUUCAUCGUGCCUCCCUCGGUUGCAGCCAAAGAGAAAUCUGCCACAGCAUUCCUUCUUCUUCGUACCUUGUCUGCUGCAACCAAAGGAAAAUCCGCCACACCACAAUCGAUGGUCAAUAACAUCGCUGCCUCCAAGGCCAUUAUCGCCGCCGCCAAGGCCAUUAUCGCCGCCGCCAAGGCCAUCAUCGCCGCCGCUAAGGCCAUUAUCGCCGCCGUUGGUUGCUAAUCGAACGAUUGGAUCUACUCUUCCUCGUGUUCUUCUCCUUUCUUCUACCGGACGAUUUGCAAUCCUUCAAUCGAUCGGUGAGGGCUGUCGGGCGACAGUUAGAUGUAGCGACGAGGAAAGUGGUUGGGGAUGGUGGCUUGGCUAGUGCAGAAACUUGGAGAUGCGGAAGGGGUGAUGGCAGCUGCGUGCCCGGUGGGAUAUCGGGGCCAGGGGAAGGGGCUGGGUUGGUUGGGAUCGGAGGGGGGUUGGUGGUGGGCUGGAGAGGGACUGAGGGUGGCAGGGGUGGGAAGUGUUGUUAGAUACAGACUCUGCAGGCGUUGGGGGUGGCCGGCAGGCGGUGGUGGGGGAUUGGGGAUGGGGGAGAGGCUAGAGAGAGGGUUGGGGUUGGUGCUUGAGACAGGUUAGGUAGCUGGUCACAGGAGAUGACAUGGGCGGGGUGGUCACCAUGGCGUUUGGUCACUGUUGGUUCGCGGCAGGGAACCGGCGGCGGCGGUGAACCGGGGCACAGUGGCUAGUGUGGUGCCCGACGUCGGCUGGUGUUGAAAAUUUUGUCACCGACGGUUGUUGGACGAGUGUAACUGUAACUGCUUAGCGGUGGUCAUUGGACGGUGGUCACUGAACAAGAGUCACUGUUGGAAUUGGUCACUGGGCGGGACUCAUAACUUAUCAAAGUUUUUGCUAGAGCGUUAGUAACUGGGAUGAUAGUCACUGAAGCGGUAGUAACUGGGACGGUGAUCAGCGAUGGUAACUGGGACAGUGAUUGAAGUGGUAGUAUCUGAAACGGUGGUCACUGAAACAGUAGUAACUGAGACGAUGUAACUGAAGCAUUAAUAAUACGGAGUAAUUGAAGCGAUAGUAACUGAAACGAUAGUAACUGGAGAGUUGGUCACUAGAACAUUUGUUAUGCAAUUUUCAUACCUUAAUACGGAGUAUUAUCUCCAUAAAUAAUAUUAAAAUAAAAAGACAUUAAUUGUCAGACUUGAUACUAGGUAAAAAACAGUUGCCAGAGGUUCAAUGUUACGGAUUGUUAGUGUGAAAAAACGAAAACAUUAAUGUGAGAGUGCAUUGCUACGGCUUAGUGUCUUACGGACUUGAUUAUUAUUUAGUGACGUACGGUGCAGUGAAAAAUUAGGGAGGGAGGGCAAAUUAGUAAAGAAAUUGAUAAUUAUUCACAUUUUCGGAAAUUAAGUAAAAAGGUCUCUUUUUUGUCUGUUGUCUAUUUUUUAGUAAUAUGUAUGUCAAAAUCCC